GGCUGGCCCAGGGCUGCUCCAUCCAGGCCGCUGGAGUGGAAGCCGUGGCCGGUGUCCCGCGCCACAAGCUGGUUCUCUUCGAGGUGGGCGCGCCGCUGCCGCCGCGGCCCGCCCAGGAGCGCCUUAAACGCACAGCUUUCUACACUUGGAAUGACAAUGCUGUUAUGCUCCCGGCCGAUGCGGGAGACAUCGAGUCCGCCGUCGAUGCCGAGUACCCUGUCCUGGAGGCCUCGUUCCCGCUGUUGGACAGGUGGAAGCGGUGGCGCGCUCGGGCUGAGACUGUGGCCCGCCUGGCGUGCAGCCGGGACUUCAUGGAAAUGACUCGCACUGGGGAGCGGCCGAAAGCUUCCCCGCCCGAGUCCCGCCGGUGCGCCGAUUCGGCCCAGCACCGGGUGGAUGAAACGAUCACUCUUCGACAGCUGCGGCGGCUACACCGCCGGUUCACCCACGGGAAGACUGCGGGGGUGGAUUCGGAGCGCCUGUCACCCAAGCACUUGCACGACUUCGGCGUGGCGGCCCGUCAGGGAGCCCCCCACGCAAAGUGGUCCGACGCCCCGCUGUUGUGGCCGACGUACGCAGCCGCAGUCGACAUCAUCAAUGCCAGCAUCACCAAGGAGGAGCGGAAGGGCACGGACGCCCGCGGCCGCCAAUGGAAACAACGCUUCACCGAGAUCACUCGGGACACUUGGGCCGCCGCCGGCCCCGUCAUCAAGCCGGGCCCCGAGGCGCCGACCUUCGCCCCCGACUCCAUGCGGGCGGAGUGGGAGCCGAUCUGGAACCCGCCAGACUACAACCCGGAUACCAUCCGGGCAGCUUGGUGCACCUACGCGGACAAGGCCGUCUUCCCGCAGUGUGGGGUUGCGGUUGACUGGAUCCCCGACUACGACGACUUCUCUGCCGCCUUCCAGAAAUGCGGCGGGGCGGCGGGCCUCGACGGCUGGUCAGCCGCAGAGGUCAAAGCUUUGACACGGCACUUCGAGUUCUUGAAGAUGGAGCUCUACACGUUGUGGGUGGCAACCACACGCGCCGCUGGUGACCCGGCGGGCCUCCCGGAGGCCCUCGUCGACUUCCUCUUCUGCUGGCGGGUGGUGGGGAUCCCCAAGCCCAAGACCGACGCAUCCCGGCCGAUCUCGGUGGCGUCAUACCUCGUACCGACGUGGCUCAGUGCACGCGCGGCCAUCGCGCCCCACCCAGUGGACACGCAGUGGGCCACACGCCCCGGAGUCUCCGUGGUACACGCCAUUUCUUCUUGGCUGAGUGCGGCGGCGGCUGCUGACGAAGGCUGUGAGCAAGACCUCACAAAAGCGCACGACCGAAUCGACCACCUGCUGGCGACAGAGGCCCUGGACCGUGAAGGUUGGCCUCGGCACCUGCAGUGUCUGUUCAGAUGUUCCUGGCGGGGCCCCUGGUACUGCCACGUGGAGGGGGCGCUGAGCUCUUCCCCAAUCCGCCCCUGCUGCAGCCUCCCGCAGGGCGGGUCUGACGCGCCGGCCGGCAUGGUGGCCACCUUGGUCCCGUGGCAGCCCCAAGACGUGACACCCUUCGCUUUCAUGGAUGACAGGUCCAUGACCGUCGGCGCGCCGGCGGCCAGCACCAAGCUCCGCGAUGCCCUCGUGCGCGCGCCAGACUUCGACACGGCCGCCAACUUCGCCGAGAACGUUGGCAAGAGACAACACUGGACAAAGACCGGAGGUGAACGAGUUGAGCACUUGGGUAUCUCCGCUGUGCCGGGCUCCCCGGAGGAGCCCAUCGAGCCUCGCUUCGGGUGGGGCCCCGUGCGAACGACGCUACGCCGCCUGGGCACACUCCCCGGGUCCGCCAAAGUCAGAGAGUCCCUGACAGCGGCUUACGCUUCGCCGAUGUGGUUGUGGGCAGCACCUGUGGCGGCGCCGCCCCCGCCAGACAUCACGCCCCUGGUCAUGAAGGCCGUGCUGCGCACCGGAUGUUCCUGGUGGUGCCGGGGCCGCUGGUGGGCCACCAGACUCUACCUACGCCCGCUCUACGGGUCAAUUCUUCGCGGACUCAAGGUUGUUCUUGAUCCUGAAUUCUGUUGGAGUCCCCAUGUGGAGACGCAGAUACGUACCGCCGUGGAUCGGCUGGGGCUCGGCUUUCGAGACUACGACCAUUACUUUGGCCUGUGCCUGGAGGUACUCCCGGGGGACGACCCGCGGGUCCAGAAGGUCGCAGACAGGGUGCGCCAGGGGCGCUCCUAUUUCUGGACGCGGUCCGAAGAAGCGCAGCAUUGCGUGAGGCUGGUGUGCCGCAUUCGCUGUCUGCAGCAGCGCGCCUCUAGCCGCAACGACGUGGAGGGCGUGGAGAAGGUCGACGUGGAGGCCUCCAGCGACCCCCGGUGGAAGAAGUUCUCGGAGAGCCUGCCGGCCGCCGAGAAGCAGGCUCUGAACAUCUUCCGGUGUGGAGCCAUACGCACCCAGACCCGCAUCAGCCAGAACACCAGGUGUGCGCUGUGCGGAGCGCUCCACCCGAGUGCCCGGCACCUAUGGAGCGAAUGCAGUGGGAUGGCUGUCAUCCUGUCGCUCAAGCAGUUUGUGGACGAGUUCGGGGAGGUCGACGCAGCUGCCGCCUCCACGGCGGUGUCGACGGACUGCGAGGGCGCCAAGGACAACUACGAGGACCCCUUCCUCGGAGGAGGGCCCGGCGCGGCUGCUGCCGCCAGGAGGCGGCGCGCGCAGCGGGAGGCCGAUCCCGCCCUUCAGGCAGAGCCGCCCACGCUGAUCCGACUGCGCCAGCUCAUGAUUCUGGUGGACCAGGGCCUCAAGCCGACUGAGGCGCAGGUCACCGCCAAACUUCGAGAAGUCCUCGAUGGUAACGGGACCGGCCAGGGGCAGCCGACGGGCUCGGCCCCUGGAGCCGGCCGUGCUCCGAGAGGGUUCACACGAGGUGCCAACCUCAACGUGGAGAAAAACCUGAAGGUGUGGACGCAGCCUUGGGGCGAGGCCAAGUUCCAGGCUGCCGCUGCACUCCGUGACGCUGCUCCACCGGCGGCGGGACCCCACGUGGUGGUGUGCCAGACCCCGGACGAACACCAAGAAGCCAUCAGAUGGAAGAAAGCCGCGGCCUGCGCGCAGCCGUGCACAUACAUCGUCUUCAACGCUGAUCGCGAAGACAUGCAGGACGAAGUGCUCGUGGAGGGUGCCCGCGGCCCAGUCCCGGUCCGCUGCCAGAUCGUGCAGUCUGGUGCCCAGGCGCCGGCGCGGUCGGGGCUCCCCUCGGGCAUGAAAGAUGAUACGCCAGAAGUGGCGGCCGCCGCCGCCCCCAACGCCACCAUCUACAGGCUUGCAGCUAUCAAGGCCUGCACCGAUGGUGCCAUCGUCGCAAAAGCUGAGGGCGAACCAGGUGCACUGGGGAAUAUCGUGUUACCUAAAGAACUCUCACCGCUGGUGGUCCAGACAAGGGCUGCCAUGAAUUAUUCAGAUGUGGUCACCGCCCUGGUUGUCGUGAAGGAAGCGGACCAGGACAAGAUCAACCAAGCGUCGCUGCCUCGGAGGUGCGUGUGCUCUCCGCAGGGGUCCCGUGACAUCCCACGCUACGUCACCAAGCUCCCAGAGGAGACGGAUGCAGCGUACUGGGCACGAGUCGACCGGAACAGGAUGGCGGCGCAGGGCCGUCUCGUGUACCGGAAGAGCGACAAGGCCUACCUGGGCAUCAUUGCCAACAAAGCCAUCACCGACACGGUGGAAACCAUUCGCUGGAUUCUCAAGCGGGCCCCCCCCAACUGGACCUCCCCUGAGGACGUCGAGACGUGGGCCGAGGCUCGUGGGUUCACCAAGUUUGCCAAUUGCGCCCGGAUGGGCAAAAAGAUCUGGAGCUUCCACGCCGAAGCUGCUAGUGUGGCGAGCUCUUUCACUUUCCAGUCUGGCAUCUUUGUCGCGCAGGCCGGGCGCGGUGGAGGCGAUCGCAAGAAGCCCGACAAGGCAGCCCCGCCCGCUGGGCCUAGACAGCGCCGGGGCGCCCCGCCCCCCCGGGCGCGCGCUGCCCAAGCAGAUUCCGACAUGGAUGAGGAUGAAGCGGGCGCUUCGGCAGAGGCUCCGCCAGCUGCGGCAGGGGCUCUGGCGCUCACCGACGCUGGUGCGGCCGCCACUGGUGGCCCGGAGCAACCAGCCGCCAAGGCGGCCCCGGCGCAGAAAAGCCGGAAAAAGGAAGCGCCCCUCCCUUGGGCAAACUUGUUCGUGGAGGAGGCGUGUGACGGCCAGGGGGAUUGCCAGUGCAUUGCACUAGCAAAGGCUCUCAACCACCUCGCCCCGACGAGAAAGGCCCCGGGCCCGAAUGACUUCAAGCCGGGUGGGCGUCUCCAGGCCAGCUUGCGGAUGCAGGCCGCCGCGGAGAUCAGCGACAACAAGGAGAAGUACGACAAGGCCACUUCCGAGUACACGGAGAAGGUGGCGACCACGGGCACGAUGGGGGACAGCCUCACGCUGUGCGCCCUCGCUGCUGCCCUGAGGGUUGACAUCAUGAUCUGGCGGUGGUCCGAGGAGGAGCGGAAGUGGUCCCUCUUCACCACUGCUGCGGCCAACAAGCCAAAGAAGAAGAAGGCCCUCUGGGUCGCGCUGAAGAACCGCCACUACACGUGGCUAAAGCCCCUCAGCGUGGAGGUUGGCGACAAGCAGCGCCUGGACAUGCAAACGGCGGCCCUGGCCGUGCCGAGGGGCCGACGGGGCUUCUCGGGGGCAGGAAAGGCUUUCCCAUCCCCGUCCAAGAGCGUGCGGAGCCUGCUGGGCCUGGACAGCAACACCUCGAAGGGCGUGUCCGCCAGUAAGAAAGCCCCCACCUCCAAGGGCAAAGCAGCAAAGCGCAGCGCGGCCGCCUCCACGGCCGACGUUGCGGAGCUGCUGGGCCUCGACGCAGCCCCGGCGGCGGCAGCUGCCGACAGCGGUUGGAUGAAAUAUGAACACCUCAAGUGCACGUGCAGAUGGACCCCUGACCUGGCGCCCUCCGUUCCCGUGGGCACGCAAGCACGACGCCACUUCAAGGCCUGCAAGGACGAGCCGCCCCCGAAGCUGGGCCCGAGCCGCAACAACCUGAAAGCGCGGGCCAUGGGCGCCAAGGGCGUGGAAGUCCGACAAGCCAAAGCAUUCGACAACUACGUCACCUGGAAAGCUGGGCGGCCUGCGGACGUGCAGGCCUCCGUCUGCGAGUACACCUCGGCCGGGUGCUACACGAAGGUCACGCCCCGCAUGAACCUCGCGUACUAUACAUGCACGAAGUGUGGGAUGGGCAAGCGCCUCUCGGCAGCCAAGAUCACCCUCUGUAAGGCUCGCGGGGUGGCCGUGGGCAAGACGCAAGGAGGCCAGAUGCUCAAGAAGCUCCUUGGCCAGAACCGCUAUCGGCAGCGCCUGGCGGUAUUGUCCAAGGCCUCCGCCAAGCUCAAAGCUCUGCCGCUGGCCCAGAGGCCGGUGUCCCGGACCCCCGAGUACGCGAGACGCAAGGCGUUGGAGUACUACCAGGCGGACCCCGCCAAGUUUGCUCUGCAACGCAGGACCUACGCGAGGAAGCACGCCAGGGCCAAGGCCCGGCGCGCCCAGGGCCAUUGA